AUGGCAAAACGUAAAGGAAAUACAAGAUCUAAAAGCUCCAAGAGAGCUUUAAAUGCCCUUGAACUUGCAGAGAGGGAAGUUGGAGGUCAAGAUUCUGAAGAAGAAGAAGAAUUUUAUGAUAGAAAUAAGAAGAAUGGUACUGUUGUUAAUCUUUUGAAGAUGGUAAACGGGGGUGACGAUGAAGAUGUUGAGGAUGGCGGUGAUUCUUUUGAAGAUGAAGAGCUAGACUCUGAUGAAGCGCUUGGUUCAGACGAUGACUAUGAUAUCCUAAAUUCAAAGAUGUCUCAAACUAUCCGUGACAAGAAGAAAAGAGGUGAAUAUAAUAGUGAAGAGGAGGAGGAGAAUUAUACUUCUAUCGAUGAAGAUGAACUUAUGCCACUAUCGCAAAUUUGGGAUAUGGACACCAAGGGUGGAGAUGAUACCAAAGGUUCAACGACAAGAGAUGAAAGCUUACAACUUGCUAGUGAUGUAGAUAGCUCAUCUGAAGGUUCAUCUUCCUCUGAUGAGGAAUCCAGCGAUGAUGAAAGCCAAGAAAGUGAGGAUCCAUUUGAUGAAAUUUCAGAUGAUGAAGAAGAUAUUGAUCUUGCUAAUGUUACUUCAAAGUUAGUAAAAGAGACUGAAAUGCACGUUCCAAAAAAACUAAGUAACUAUGGUCAUGGUGAAGCUAAUGAUUUUGCUCUGCCAUCAUUAACUAGCGAAUCCGGGAUUCAGAAGUUGAGUAUGGAAGAAAUGAUGGGCGCCAUAGAUGAUAAACAUGCAGUGACACAAGCCAGUCUUCUGAAAGGUAAGUCAUUAGCAACUGCAGUUCCACUACCACAGAGAAUUCAGCAAAGAAAUGAGCGUAAAGCAGCCUAUGAAAUCUCUAAAGAAGAAAUGAAUAAAUGGACUGAAGUUGUUCAGCAGAAUAGAAGAGCCGAGCACCUAGUAUUAGGUUCGAAUAAAGAAAAAGUUCACAAUGACGCUUCAGCUUUUACAAGAAUGACAGAGAAGCCUACUUCUGAACUUCAAAGUAAGGUCGAUGAACUACUAGGCGAAAGUAAUUUAGUUGAUCCUCAAAAGGAAUCCACUUUUGAAGAGCUUGCUACUGCAAAGAUGACUCCUGAAGAGAUGAAGAAAAGGACGGCUGAGAUGAGGCUGAUGAGGGAGCUUAUGUUUAGAGAAGAGCGCAAAGCUAAGAGAUUAAAGAAAAUUAAGUCGAAAACUUAUAGAAGAAUCAAAAAGAAAGAAGCUAUGAAGAACAGAGAACUUGCCGGAUUGUCUGAUGAGAGUGAUACUGAACAUGACAUUAGAAGAGCAAAGGAAAGAAUGACGCUAAAACAUAAGACAAGCUCUAAGUGGGCUAAAGACAUGAUAAAACAUGGUAUGGCAAAUGACAAGGAAACCAGAGAAGAAAUGGAAGAAAUGUUGAGACAAGGUGAAAAACUAAGAGAUAAGAUCAUUGAUAGGCAAUCGGGUGACUCAGAUAAUAAUAUUAGCGAUAUUGAACAAGACUCAGAGCAAGAUAUUGAUGUGGAAAAGGUUGGAAAAACUGGUGUGAUGAAUAUGGCUUUCAUGAAAAAUGCUGAAGCCAGAGAAAAGGCAGAAAACAAACAGUUUAUUGAGAAAUUAAGGGAAUUUGAAAAGACAGGUGAUGAUGAUCUCUUUGAAAGCGAUGAUGAAAAGCCAGUCAUUGAGGGUAAGGACACAGUAACAUCCAUUAAUAAAGGAAGAAGAACUUAUGCUCCUGGUGAUUUGGAAAUGAGGCAUGAAAUGAAAAAAAUUAAAGAAGAAGUUAGGAAGGAAAAGGAAAUAGACGAGUCCAGAACUUUAGUUAACAGAUUAAAGCGUAGAAAUGAAAAUAAUGAGGAAGAAAUAAUUGAUGUUGUUGAAGAAGUUGUGCCGCCUAAAGAAGAAAAAACUGCCCCAAAAUCAAAAACUAAAUCAGAGUCCAGUAAUCCAUGGCUUGAUGGGAGUGAUGAUGAAGAUGUUAAUGUCAAGCAGUCUAGCAAAGUACAUAUCAUUGACAAAGAUAGCUCAAAGCUUUCUAAGAGUGCUAACAAGAUUGAGAAAGCCAAGGCCAAGAGUAAGAAAUCUAAUAAAAGAGAAAAUGAUAGUGAUGAAUUACUGCUAACUACAGAUAAGUCCAAUUCUCUGAAGAUUGUUGAUCCUUAUGGUGGAUCUGAUGAUGAAGGUCAGGAAUUUAUGUUCAAACAACAAGAUGUCAUUGCGGAAGCGUUUGCAGGUGAUGAUGUUGUUGCGGAAUUUGAACAAGAGAAGACCAGAGUUGCUGAUGAUGAAGGUGAUAAAGAAGAAGAUGUUACAUUACCUGGCUGGGGUGAUUGGGCAGGUUCUGGUGUGAACCCUAGAAAGAAGAGGAAAUUUAUCAAGAAGAUCAAGGGUGUUGUUGAUAAAGAUAAGAGAAAGGACAAGUACUUAAAGAAUGUCAUAAUAAAUGAAAAGGUGAAUAAGAAAAAUAUGAAAUACCAAUCAUCUGCCGUUCCAUUCCCAUUUGAGAGCAGGGAACAGUACGAGAGAUCGUUGCGUAUGCCACUUGGUCAAGAAUGGACUGCCAGAUCUACUCAUCAAAAGAUGAUCAAACCUAGAGUCAUAACCAAACCUGGUCAAGUCAUUGAUCCAUUAAAAAAUCCAUUCAGUUAG